UUCUGUUGUCGCAAACGUGCUCUCGAUUUGGUGGGUUUUGUGAGUUUUGUGAAUUUUGAGUAGCUCUGCGUCAUGUGUCUGCCGUCUGCUCCACCUCGAACAUGUAACAUCUCCGCACUCCCACGCCUGUCAAGCUUUCCACGCGAUGAAUCGAUGCAGGAGCAGUCUCCUGAUAGGCGCUCGGGGCUAUCCAAGCUUCCCUACAGCUUCCCAUCGAGUUUUGUCACCUGUAGUCCAAAGACGAUGUAUACGCGCUGCAGCUGUGGCUCCUGCGUGGAGGCCUUCUUCAGCCCUCGACGAAUGGGUGCAGCGUGAAGCCAAACCUAUCAGCCUGCGCCAAUUGACUUUUUUUGGGAGAACCCUAACCGAACGACGCCUGAUCGAUUCGGCAAACUACUGUCGACUGGAGCUUCCGACGAGGCUUGCACAUCGUUUGCGCGACAUCCAGACGCUGCCAUAUGUCGUCGUCGCCAAUCCUCAUCUUGCUCACGUGUAUGAGUCGUAUCUGCGAGCCUUCGAACGCUUCCGCAAAGUACCUAUGAUUCGGUCGUUGGAAGACAACGACAAAUACUGUAAAGUACUGGAGGAAACACUGACAGAGCAUGCGACUGUGAUUCCGCGUUUGGCUAUCGGUGUACUUGAAGUACGCAGCCUCAUGAAACCAGAGGAGACGGACAAGUUCAUGAGGACCAUGUUGAGAUCGCGUAUCUCGCGACGAGUAAUUGCCGAACAGCAUCUGGCACUCACCGAGACAUUCAGUUCGCCCUGGCACUUCCCCAAUUCUCCACCACCGCCUGACCAGGAAGCUGUGGGCGAGAUCUUCUUGCGAUGCAACGCGAAAGAAAUCGUUGAAGCUUGUGGGAAAACCACUCAGGAGCUGGUCAAGCGCGCAUACGGAUCGCACGUCAAUAUGCCUGAAAUUAAGAUAUAUGGUCACCUCGACGCCACGUUUCCGUAUAUCUUGACUCAUCUCGAAUACAUCAUCGGCGAGCUGCUGCGUAAUUCCAUUCAGGCCGUCGUUGAGCAGCGCAGGGCGAAGAACGCGAAGCCGCCGCCGAUUGAGGUGUUGAUCUGUGAGAGCGCUCAGCAUGUCAUCAUCAGGAUAUCUGACCAGGGUGGUGGCAUCCCAACUGAGGUUUUGCCGUACUUGUGGAGCUUCAGCAAAGGACCACGGCUUGAGAGGAGACUGGAAAAUCUAUCGAGGGUGCCGAAAUUACUAGCAACAUUGCAAGAGCUGCAGGUGCCUGGAGGGGAUUCAGCGUCCGAGAUGCAGAAGAAACACAUCAAAAAGUUAAAAGCUGGUGAAUCGCCCACGCACACUGGCUCUCUAUCGUCGCUGACGGGCAGAGCGCCAGACUCGCGUCUGGGUAUCGGACUUCCGAUGUCUAGGCUAUAUUCAGAAUACUGGGCUGGGAGUCUGGAAAUCCACAGUCUCGAGGGUUACGGAGUCGAUGCUUUCCUGCAAAUUUCGAAACUUGGAAACAAGAAUGAGCGACUGACCACGCGAGCUUCGAUGGACGCGAUAUAGCAAGAGCACUUCACGCCACGUGCCAACAGUCUAGGAAACCUGGAAGGAUUACACCUGCACCUUACGAUCAACACUGAAUAACAUGAUUGCCUCG